UAAUUGAGAGAAGGAUCGUGGGUAGUUAAAUGAAGAAUUUAACAGCUGCUUGAACUGCCAGGUAUCUUGUCUAGUAUUUUAGAAGAAAAGAGUAUGCAGUCGCCGUCUGACAAUAACCACCAAACAACCACUAAACUGCAACCUUUCCCCUCUCCCCCAUUCGAGGAUAUGUUGACUACCUUAGUCACUGCUAACAUGAUAACUCUCAGCCGACACUCCGCGACAUUACCCCUCCCCACGUCUGUCGAUCUCUCGUCUUACCCUCCCACUGUCUAGGAGACAUCUUAUCGCCCCAUGACCACCUCGAUCCAGCACCUCCUCCAGCUCCCCGAGCCCGAACCGUCCAGCGCUGCUGCAGACCCGACGAAAAGCAGACUGCCCGCUGACUCGGCUGCUUCAGAAGAGACCCCCGAAGCACCCACGCAGGAGACACAGCCGGUGUCUGGUCGGCGACGGCCCGUGGCUCGAGGCACUGCAGCGUAUCCGCGUCGGAGAGCCAUCCGGGCAUGUGAAACCUGCAGGUCCAGACGCACCCGAUGUGACAAUAAGAAGCCCGUGUGUUCGUUCUGCGAGAAGGUCGGCGCGCAGUGCAUUACAAAUCCCGCGGGGUAUUCGUCCUUCGAUCCAGCCAGCCUCGUCAUCAUCGAACGACUGGACCGACUUGAACAGCUGCUCCAGUCUUCUUCCCCUUCUCGACUGCAACACGAUGAACCACCAGUCAUACAGCAGGUCCCCCCGUCGACGACGGAGCAGAACAGGGAGCCAUCUGAGCAUGCUUCUCCGCUCUCGAACCCGCCGAACGGGCUGGAUUUUGGCAUUUUCACCAUCGAGGCCGUUAUGUCAUGGCCGGUGUUUGCCGGCCGCUUCGACUCCCGGCCAGACCUCCAGGCUCUCCUCAAUCGGGGGGGUACCAUGUCCGACUAUCAAGAGUCGGCAGACCUGCUGCCGACCGAGGACUUCUUGGCUAAGCAGGUGGAAACUGGCGCCUGCGAUCGGUUGGUCAGUAGCUUUCUGAACUACGUGCAUCCUGCCAAUCCCAUCUUGGAUGUACCUCUGCUCCUGCAGUAUGUCCAGUACGUCCGAAUCAACGGGAUUGCGUGGGAUGCGAAAUCCUGUCUCGUGCUUCUUGUCUGUGCUCUCGGAUCGACCGCAGAAGCCUUCCAUGCCCAACAUCUCAGCGAGUCGAUUUCUGCGCGAAACUCGCCCAGUUUCGUGAUCGCAAAGUCCUACUUCACCGCCGCACAGAAGCGCAUCGGAUCGCUUCUCAGCCACUCCGGCGUGCUCGAGACGCAGUGUUUCUUCUACGCCGGUGUCUACCUCAUGACCCUCCAGCAGCCCAUGGCCGCCUGGAAAUUCUUUGUCCAGGCCGCCGCCACAUCACAAGGGUUCGGAUUCCCCAGGCGGACUCCGCAGCCGGAGUUGGUCAGUCCAGCGGCGAGGCGUGACCGGGUCUCUCAGGAGAGUCUAUACUGGACAUGCCUUAAAUCGGAAUUGGAAGUCCGCAUGGAGCUUUCGCUCCCAGGCUUUGGGCUGCAGGAUUUCUCGUAUCCGUCCGCCUUUCCCAGUCCCCCAUCGGAGAACCUUGAAGACGAGACUGCUCGCGCGUGGUACUACUAUCUUGCAGAGAUUGCGUUGCGACGGCUCGCGAACCGGAUCCUCCAUCACCUCUUCCGCCACCAGGAAGAAGGGCGGUUUUUUCGAAUAUCACAGAUGGUGGAUUCGAUCGCAGCUUUUGAAGACCAAGCAACAGAUUGGAUGGUUUCCCUUCCUCCCAUGUUCUCGCUCUCAACCCCCGAAUCCGAAGACGAUGUCCUCAAAUUCGUACUGCGCGGCCACCUCCUCGACUGCUGCGAAUGGAUGUACUUUCCCUUCAUGCUUGAAACCAUCAACUACGGCCGCCGCGACCCCGUGCUGGACGAGUACACUCGCAAGGGCCUCCGCAUGUCUGUCGAGCGCAUCGCAAAGAACAAAGCGGGCUUCUACCACCGCCACCACGGAGCAUGGCUGAUGCUGCGCACCUGCACGCGCAGCGCUCUCAUCCUCCUCGCGGCAUCGCACAGCAACCAUGUCGGCGAUCUAGUGCCCACCGGGUGGCGAGAGGCUGUAAUGGACGCCAUGGACAUGCUGCGUUUCUGGGAGGCAGAGGUAAGCGAUGCGCGAGACCGGCUGGGGGUUUUGGCCGAGUUGAUGGCUGAUUUAUGACUUGAUCUUCUGCAAUAUAAUCCAUACUACACAUAAUUAAAAUCCCCCCGGCAGUACAAAGUAACUAACUACGUGUAUAUUAUUCUUCUCCUGCAAUGUAUAGGAAAUACCGAUAUAGGAGGUGCUGAUAGAUGACAUAAGCGACCGUCUCCGAGUGCGGGGGAUCCGAGCCGGAGAGUUCCACGUCUAAAAAGAUCGUCAUUCCUAAUCUCUCACUUUUUUUUAUCUGUUUGGAGACCCAGUCUUGCUGUUACACCGCUCAAUCGCAGUCAAUCCUUUACCGUACCUCCCGUUUCAUCACAAUGUCCGACGAGUCGCCUCCAAGUGGCUUCGUAACGCCAUCCACACCCAGACCCAGCAGCUUUGCGCUCACCGAGUACGUCGCUGCUCGUACGCCGCCCUCUGAGCGCCAGGGGGCCGGAUUGCUUCGGAAAUGGGACAUCCCAGAUGGGUACCUGCUCCCUAAUGGAUAUCCAGAUGUAUG